AUGCCGCCAACACCAAAGCUAAUUGAGGCAUGGGCAAAUCGCUUGCUUGGAGAUGCUAGCCCUGUUGGUCCGAUGUGGGUAUAUCACUUCAUGAAGCGUCUUCCUGAAGAGCUAAAACUAGCUCUUAAGAAGCAGAAUAUCAAGGAAUUAAAGCGAAUUAAGGCUGAAGAUCCAGCUAAGCUAGGUCAUUAUUAUGAUCUACUUGAAUGCGUCCUUCGCAGUGUGCCUUCGCGGUUGAUCUAUAACUUUGAUGAGUGUGGUUUUCGACCUGUUGAAGGUAGAAAUCAGAAGGCGGUUAGUAGAGGAAAUGUUCCUGAUCUUGCUGAGACUGAAAGAGGUGAAAAUAUCACUGCUGUUGAGUGUAUUGCUGCUGAUGUCUUGGUUUUAUGA